AUGGGACUUUCAAGCAUGAAGGACCUUCCUGUACAAAAUAUUACAUAUACAGACUUUAAACUGAAUGGUUUCUAUAGUUUAGGAGAAUGGAGGCCUUUUUUAUUCAUCCCUUUCUUUCUGAUGUUUGUAUUGUCUACAUCAGCAAAUUCUAUUCUCAUAUAUUUAAUCAUAUCUCAGAAGUCUCUGCAUUCACCUAUGUAUGUACUUAUAGGUUUUAUGUGUCUUUCAAACUUAAUAACGCCCAUAUCGUUUGUACCCAGCAUGCUUCUAAGUUUUUUAUUUAAUUGGAGUGGGAUAUCCUUAUCUGGUUGUGUGAUACAAAUGUUUUGUAUUUAUUUUACUGGUUCAUUUAAUUCUACUUUGCUAUUUUGGAUGUCAGUAGACCGUUACUUUGCAAUAUGCAAACCUCUUAAUUAUCAUAAGUACAUGGAAAUAAGCAAUUUUAUUAAGUUUGUUAUUCCACCAGUAAUGAGAAAUGCACUACUGGUGAUUAUAAUGGUCUCCCUGGCUGGAAAACUUUCAUAUUGUACAAAUAUAAUCGAUCACUCUUUCUGUGAACACAUGCCAUUGGUUCAGUUGGCAUGUGGUGAUAUAUCCCUUAAUAAUUUUGUAGGUCUUUUGAAUGCUUUUGUUAUACCAGUUACAGAUUUUAUUUUUAUUACUGUUUCUUAUAUUGUGAUUUUUACAUCUGUGUUCAAAUCUGGUAAGGCCCAUUCAAAGGCCAUUAACACUUGCAUAACUCACUUCUUUGUUAUGAUAGUUAGCUUGAUAUGUGCUUUGAUUGCAUUUUUGAUAUACAGAAUAAGGAAUAACAUUUCUUCCAGCAGCCGUAUAUUCGUAAGCAUCUUAUACUUACUUGGUCCAAGCUGUUUAAACCCACUAAUAUAUGGAUGGAGAACAAAUGAAAUAAGACAAACAUUUCUUAAACUUAUAAAUGUAAAAGUUUUGCCUUUUUUAGAAAAAUAA